UGUGCUGAUUGCGUAUGAUCCAACCGGCUGCAAGAAAUAGGACAGCGGUGGUGGAUCCGUAUCUCGACGUCCACGCCGGAAUAGGGGAAGGGGAAAGGGAACACACAGGGUUUGAUGCUUCGCCGAGAAUCGUCUUCAAUCUCUUCUAUCCGAGGGUGAUGGCAGAUCCAUCGUUGACGGGGGCACUCCAAUACCUGGAAGCGCAGAGGCAUGCGCAGCCGGAGCUGGCCGAUUGGUACAGCGCCUUUGCGGAUCUGUACCAGCGGAAGCUAUGGCACCAGCUGACGCUCAAGCUCGAGCAGUUCGUUCGCUUGGCCGUCGUCCAGGCGGGUGAUUCCCUUAUACAACUAUAUCAUAACUUCAUUGCAGAAUUUGAGACAAAAAUCAAUCUCCUGAAGUUUGCACACUUUGCUGUUGUAGUAUCACAUCAGUAUUCAGAAAAAGAAGCUGCAAUCAGCUAUCUAGAUGGAAUAAUUGAGAAGUUGCAUGCCACAAGGGACUUGCAGAAUGAGGAAACUAUCGUUUAUGUAAAUAUGCAAAUAGCUGAAAUUAAUCUGGAAAUAGGAAAUCAAAAGGAGUGCAAAAGGCUUCUGGAACAAGGGAAGAGUACACUAGAUAGCAUGACUGACAUUGAUCCAUCUGUUCAUGCUAAGUAUUAUUGGAUGUCCUCUCAGUAUCAUAAAUCUCGUCAAGAGUUUGCUGAGUUCUAUAAGAGCACUCUCCUUCAUUUGGCCUACACUACAGUAGAGACACUUUCGGAAUCAUUCAAGUUGGAUUUGGCAUUUGAUCUGUCCCUUUCUGCCUUGCUCGGUGAUAACGUAUUCAAUUUCGGGGAAUUGCUUGCUCAUCCAAUUAUCAAUAGUCUGACUGGGACCAAUGUGGAGUGGCUUUACCAUAUCCUUCAUGCUUUUAACAGUGGAAACCUACUUCGCUAUCAAGAACUUUGUCGUGUACAUAAUAUCGCUUUAUGUGCACAGCCGGCAUUAGUGGAGAAUGAGAAGAAACUACUUGAAAAAAUUAAUAUUUUAUGUUUGAUGGAAAUCAUCUCAAGUCGGCCAUCUGAAGAUCGAACCAUUCCAUUGAGUGUCAUUGCUGAACGAACUAAACUUUCGAUUGAGGAUGUGGAAUAUCUUCUUAUGAAAAGCCUCUCUAGCUCAGGCCAUAGAAGGUCCAACCAUUCCACCGUCAAUUACGAGGACCAAGAAGCUGGAACCUAAAAGAUGGUGGGCAUUUUGCUGGUUAUACCUGCUACAUAAUUGGCAUUCGGGGCAAUAUCACCACCCCGAGUGAACAUCAUAUUGGGAAUCAAGCCACGAUACUGACUAAAUCUGUCAGGCAACUGAGUCUAGCACUGCCAACCAUUGUGUUAGAAAUUUUUGUUAUUACAAUGGAUUGAGCCCAUGACUAGCCUCAUAUGAAGUAGUAAUAAUUGCUUGCCCAACCAACUCAACGUGGACUGUUGGUUGAAUGCUUGUAAUCUUACAAGCAUAAUUUUUUUUUUCUUCAGCUUUUAAAAUAAAGUACUCCUAUGCCUAACCUUCUUUUU